AUGGGCACAGGGAGAACAUUCGCCCACCUUAUUGGCUUCCACUGCCACAAAGGAGGCUACGAUGCAUCUUUCUGGCUUGAAGGCAAGCUCAAUGUCUGGACUAAUGACCCCGCGCGCUCAUUAUAUCCCGGUGAUUUUGCCAGUGUACCACCUGAUAUCGCAAGCAUUCGUCCUAUCCCAAGGCCAUGUUUGAUUGAGUAUUUGGUGCAGCGAGCUGGGAGUGGAGAUGAAAGCAGGGAACGAUCCACCAAUAUCAAAUCGAUUCAUAAUCACACAGGGUUUAUCGGUCUGAUAAUUCUAGGCGGCUGGGACGGAUGCUUCCGCUUUAUCAGCGAGUCAUAUUUUGAGCCUCCCUUGCCUACCGCAGACCAUCGAAGUCCCGUUCAAAGUUUUGAUUCCUCGGCUUGUGACAGCCACCAGGAAAUUUGA